AAUGUUUACAAUUGAAAGUUGAGUUGAGUUUUGAAACUCAAAUGUAAUUUGAUUUACAAAUCAGUGUUGAAUUGGUUUUCAUUUCAUUGGACGCAAUGUUGGUCUAUAUGUUGGUUGUGUUGAUAGCCAUCGCUGCCAUUGUCUACAAGUAUUUGCAUUCAAACAAGUCGUUGGACUUGAAGGGGAAGCACGUGUUGAUCACCGGCGGGACCAAAGGCAUCGGUCUGUCUCUGGCCGUGUUGUCCAUCUCGAGCGGCGCCAAUGUGUCGAUCAUCGCCAGGAAUGCCGACGACCUCGAGAAGACUAAGAUGUCUUUGCUUAAGAAGUGCUCCAAUGAGCUCAAGCAGAAAGUGUUGACCUUUGCUCUGGACGUCACCUCUGAUUACUACGAUAUGGAGAAGACGGUGACUGAAGCGGAAGCCAUUAGCGGACCAAUCGAUGUGUUGAUCUGUUGCGCCGGAACUGCUGUCAGCCUUCGCUUCGAAGAGACACCCAUUUCUGAGUUCAAGAGAAUGGUUGACAUAAACUAUUUGGGAACCGUUAAUGUGAUUAAGGCUUGUCUGCCGUCCAUGAAGUCGAGCGGAAACGGCGGACAUAUAGUGCUGUUCUCAUCGAUCGCCGGUUUGUUUGGUUUGUACGGGUAUUCCGCGUACUCUCCGUCCAAGUUUGCAGUCGUCGGUUUGGCACAAGUGUUGGCAAUGGAGUUGAAGACACACAACAUAUCUGUGUGCGUGUCCUACCCGCCCGACACCGACACUCCCGGCUAUGAAAACGAAAAUAUCUCAAAACCCAUAGAAACAAAGCUGAUAUCAGACGCGGGCGGACUGUACUCUCCAGACAUUGUGGCCAAACAUACGUUGGUUGACGCGCUUUCUGGUAAAUUUCAGUCGACUGUUGGCUUUGAGAGUUGGAUGGUUAGGACAUUGUGUUGUGGUAUGAGUCCCAUCGCAUCGACACUCGAGUCUAUUAUGCAGGUCUUCACCAAUGAGUUCGCGGUCUCUCUUAAAGACCACAAAUGUCUUCAUUCGGACGCACAGUCUUUGGCCCAAAGACACGGCUUUCAAUUAGUUGGACAGGUCGGAUCCAUUGAUUGCCACUACAUAUUAAGACACGAUGGCAUCUCCAAGAGAUCCGUUGAUUACUCGCAUUCACACCAUUCGGUGCUCAGUGAGGACAGGGAUGUCUUAUGGGCAGAACAGCAACACAUGAAGAGACGAGUGAAGAGAGAUAACCCCAAUUCGGAGUACAGGUUCGCCAACAAACCAAUGCCAGACCCGCUCUACAAAGACAUGUGGUAUUUGAAUAAAGGAGCGCUCGGAGGAUAUGAUAUGAACGUGAAGGGCGCCUGGAAUAUGGGUUACUCCGGGAGGGGUGUUGUCGUCACUAUACUGGACGACGGCAUUCAACCGAAUCAUCCAGAUUUAGCCAAUAACUAUGACCCUCAGGCUAGUUAUGAUAUCAACGAUAAUGAUCCCGACCCCACACCCCAAGACAAUGGUGACAACAACAUUGGUGGCGUUCGUAUGUUAGACGGAACGGUGACUGAUGAGGUGGAGGCGCGAGCGCUCAGUAUGAAUCCCAAUCACAUCGACAUAUAUUCUGCUUCGUGGGGUCCAGAAGAUGAUGGCAAGACUGUUGACGGCCCCGGAAGACUAGCACAGAGAGCCUUUAUUGAUGGCAUUCGAAAGGGACGUCACGGACGCGGAUCUGUAUUUAUAUGGGCUUCAGGGAAUGGAGGCCGACGUCUUGAUAACUGCAAUUGUGAUGGCUAUACAAACUCCAUUUACACGCUCUCCAUAAGCAGUGCCACACAAAACGACUACUGUGGGGUUGGCAUUGCAUUCAACGCAAGCAUUGGUGGCGUUCGUAUGUUAGACGGAACGGUGACUGAUGAGGUGGAGGCGCGAGCACUGAGUAUGAAUCCCAAUCACAUCGACAUAUAUUCUGCUUCGUGGGGUCCAGAAGAUGAUGGCAAGACUGUUGACGGCCCCGGAAGACUAGCACAGAGAGCCUUUAUUGAUGGCAUUCGAAAGGGACGUCACGGACGCGGAUCUGUAUUUAUAUGGGCUUCAGGGAAUGGAGGCCGACGUCUUGAUAACUGCAAUUGUGAUGGCUAUACAAACUCCAUUUACACGCUCUCCAUAAGCAGUGCCACACAAAACGGUCAAAAGCCCUGGUAUUUAGAAGAAUGCUCAUCCACUUUGGCCACCACUUACAGCAGCGGUACUCCUGGUCGAGACGACAAUAUAUUGAGUGUGGAUCAGGAUAUGACUUACUUUAAAAGUCUAGAAAAUGGUGGUACUCCUGACACUUCCAGAUUAUGCACCCGUUCCCAUACGGGCACUUCAGCCUCUGCUCCCAUCGCGGCGGCAAUCGUGGCGCUGGCAUUAGAAGCUAAUCCAUUGCUAACGUGGAGAGAUUUGCAGCAUUUAGUGCUCCUGUCGUCCCGUUACGAGCCGUUGCGUCACGAAAGCGGUUGGAUUACAAACGGCGUCGGGAGAAGAGUUAGUCAUAAGUUUGGUUACGGACUCAUCGACGCCACACAAAUGGUUCGCUUCGCCGAGAACUGGACGCCGACUCCCACUCAACGCAUCUGCGAGACUCAUACUGAAGACACCGAACAGGAGAUUCCGGUUCAUCCGAAACGGCAUUUGGAAGUCUCGCUGACGACCGAAGCGUGUCGGGACUCAUCCAAUGAAGUGAAUUAUUUAGAGCACAUUCAGGCAAAGAUUACUCUGAAGUAUAAACCGCGCGGGAGUCUCAAGAUAUCACUAAUCUCUCCGUCGGGAACGAUAACCCAUUUACUAUUCGCGCGACCGCGAGAUACCGAUGAAUCGUCGUUCACUAACUGGCCCUUCCUUUCGGUGCACUUUUGGGGAGAACCAGCGGUCGGGACGUGGAAACUGAUCGUUCAAAACGACAGUAGAUCUCCGGCCCGAUCAGCCGGCAAAUUGAUUUCGUGGUCUCUCACGUUCUACGGCACAUACGAUCGGCCGCACAGUUACCACUUUACACCCAAUCAAACCAUUCAUUACAUCCCUCGAAGCGCCACAUCUGACAAAAUGAGCGAAUGUUCUAAGAAUGGGUCGUUUCAAGCCUUAGACUCAACCGAUUGCCUCAAAACAUGUCCGUCCGGACAGUGGCCUAACCAUCAAUUGGCUGUCUGUGAGAGAUGUAGUUCUGAUUGUCAGACAUGUUUUGGACCGACUGGUGAUAAUUGUCUGUCUUGUCCUCCAAACAAACUAUUCUUUGGCUAUCAUUGUAUCAAACAAUGUCCGGACGGCUACUACAAUGACUCUAAACUCAAUGAAUGUCUUCCCUGUUCUUCAAACUGUGAAUCAUGUGAUUCUUCGCCAAAUCAUUGCAUUUCCUGCAAGAAAUUUCUUAAUCUGAACGAUAAACACAAAUGCAUUCCUAAAUGUGAUUCUACUAUUGACUCCAAUUGUUAUAAAUGUCAUAAUUCUUGUGCCUCUUGUUAUGGAAGUGCUGACAAUCAAUGCCUUUCUUGUUCUUCCGGUCGCAAACUUUUUAACAGCACUUGUAUUGACCACAAAUGUCCCGAUUUUUAUUACGAAUCAAAUAGUGAAAUUCUUGUGCCUCUUGUUAUGGAAGUGCUGACAAUCAAUGCCUUUCUUGUUCUUCCGGUCGCAAACUUUUUAACAGCACUUGUAUUGACCACAAAUGUCCCGAUUUUUAUUACGAAUCAAAUAGUGAUGACAUUCAGUGUCGAAGUACCAUUACUGUGUGACGAGACGUGUAUGUCCUGCAGCGGACCCUCACAUAAAGACUGCGCGUCUUGUUUCCGCAACUCAACACUCACUAGUGAUGGUCUUUGUCUGAAUUGUCUGAGCGGACAGUUCUUGGACGCGAAGACAUCAAAGUGCGAAUCAUGUCAUAUGAGUUGUUCCGCAUGUAGUGGUCCCACAGCUAGCGAUUGCCUUUCCUGUAGAACUCCAUACGCUUUGGACAACUCUCGGUGUGUCUCCUGUUGUCCGUUAGAUUUAAACGACAUUAAAGGAGUGACACAAGAACUCAACGAUUGUUGUUAUUGUGUGUCUUCUGGAAGUGUUUGUCUGUCAUCAGUAGCUAUUGAUCGGACGCGAAGUGUUUCUGUUGAUUCAGAUUUAUUACCCAAUAAUAAGCGCAUAAGAAAUGGCAGCAAAUUGUCGACACUCUUCCAAAACCCCGUUCCCAUCAUAUUCACCAUCUGUUUGUCGGCCGUAGUUUUGUUUGCAAUCAUAUUCUCAGUCCUGCAGUACAGCGAUCGCUCGCACAGAGCCGACCAUAAACUCAAUGAAUACCAGAAAGUGUCGACCAAUUCUUCCAUUACUUUCGAGAAGAUGUCUGAACUGAUGGCCGAUGACUACGAGGAAGAAGAUAGUCUGUUCGAGAAGACCUAG